AUUCACUAAGACAAAAAUAAUCAAAGGUUAACGAUUAAAACACGAAAGCAAUUAAACUCGCUGUUCAAGUAAAAAAGAAAAAAACAGCAAUUAAACUCGUCAGCUUGUACGUACUUUCAGAAACAACAACUUGGUCUCCAACUCAACUGGCCGGAAAACCGUGACGGAGUUCGUCGUCGGCCGCCACAAACAGCAAAUAAAUUCUCCAGGUUUUCCUUCAUUUUUUCUCUUCAAAUUUUCUCGGAUACAAUUCGCGCCACCACCAAUUCCAGAGAAUUGCGUCGCAGCAGAUAUCAACUCUGCACCAAGAUUCCCCAAUUACGCGCUUAAAGCGGUGCGAUUUACAACAUAGGUUAAAUUAUUAGUGUUUGUGAAUUUUUUUUCAUUAGUAGUAGUUGUAUUGAAGGAUUACCAGAAAUUUGUUUAAUUCUUGUGUAUAAUAAUAAUAAUAAGCUUUUAAUUGAAAUUCAUUCAUGUAAACAUUUGAUUGUAUCAAAUCUUUGGCAAUAAUUUGAUUACCGUGUAAAUUAAACAAUUGCACAAAAAAAUAGUGUUUAAUGGAAGAUUUAGGAUCUACUCGGUUUGAUGGUAUCAGCAAUGCUGUGAGGAGGAAGAGGAGUCAAACUUCGCGCAGGCCGCGGCCUGAUUCACAGCCUGUUCAUGAUCCCGAAGGUCAUGAAUUGUCUCCUUCAUCAUCAACACCUCAAUCGGAGGAUCCUGACAAAGUUUCUAGUGAUGAGAAUGAUGGUUAUGAUAAUACCGGUUCCAAGAGGAAAGAAUUUAAUCUCAACCAUAGUGUUUCUCAGCAAUCGUCCGCUACUGGACGAAGUGGUUUGCAGAAUAGACGUAGUAGUGAAGGCGUUCUUGCUCCCGCUAAUUGGAAAGGUUCGAGUAGCAAACUUAAGGAUAGCAUUGAUUCAGAGUCGAAAGAUGCAGAUAUAUAUGGUGGAAGGAAUGCUGAGAGUUCAGGGCAGUUUGGUGUUUCUCAGGAUGGAUUGGGGAAUGAGAGUAGGGUUAAGAAGGUUAAACUCAAGGUUGGUGGUGUGACGCGGACUAUACAAGCUAACUCUGCAUCUAACAGUGCUUCAGGAAGUGGAUCAACUUCAAAAAGCUCUCGUUUAUCGGAUGGCUCCAGACCGCGCCAAAAGCAACAGAGUAAUUCAGACGAAAAUAUAUCUCCGUCUGAUAAGAAGCGCAGCCUCAAAGGCCUUCCGUGGAAGGAUUUCUCAAGGGGUGGUUUUGGUCUUGGGAAGGAGGAGUCAUCGAUGGGGAAGAUAUCCGGAAAGAACACAUCUAGCAAACAAGGAGACAAGUCUGAACCUGUUCGUAAGAGCAAGAGAGUACCCAAAAGACGUGUACUGGAUGGGGAAUUUGGUGAUGACGACGAUGCUGAUGAUGAGAUUCGGUACUUGGAAAAGCUUAAAACAUCAAAAGUUUCUGCAGUCUACAGAGAUGAAGAAGAAUUCAGCAAGAAACAUCGAAAACUCUCUAGCGUCUCUAAUAUGGAAAAUGCUGCCUCAUCAAGGUCAGGCAAAGAUGGUAAGAAAAGGUCUAGAUCUGAUAGAUUGCUUGAAGAUACAGAUUAUGAGGAUGACGAGGAGUCACGGUCUGAUGGAGAGCUAGACGAUAAGAAAAAGAAAAAGCAGAGGAAGGAAUCCGUUGAUGUAUUGAUGGACACUAAGAGGGAAAUGACUCUUACAACGCGUCAACGGGCCCUUCAAUCAGGCAAAGAUGCCUCUGCAUCUAAUGCGAGUUUAAUUGAGUUUCCCAAUGGAUUACCUCCUGCCCCACCCAGAAAGCAAAAAGAGAAGCCUACGGAAGAAGAGCUGCUGUCAAAGAAAACUGAGGCUGCCAAUAGGCGUAGAAUGCAAGUUGAGAAGGCUGCUAGGGAAUCUGAGGCUGAAGCUAUCAGAAAAAUACUUGGUCAAGACUCCAGCAGGAAAAAGCGAGAGGAUAAAAUAAAGAAGCGCCAAGAAGAACUGGCACAGGAGAAGGCAGCCAAUGCUGAAAAGCAUGCAUCAAAUACCAUCAGAUAUGUGAUGGGUCCUACUGGGACAGUUGUGACUUUUCCCGAGGAAAUGGGGAUCCCUCCGAUUAUAAAUUCCAAGCCCGUCAGUUAUCCUCCACCUCGUGAGAAGUGUGCUGGUCCAUCAUGUACGAAUCCAUAUAAAUACCGGGAUUCAAAAACGAAGGUUCCUCUUUGCAGUCUCCAAUGCUACAAGGCUGUACAGGAGAAUAUUGCAGCUGAAACCACCUGUUGAUGUUGUCAUUUGUCCUCCACCAUUGCUGGAUUGUACUAGUAGUUAUAUAUCACCAUCAAUAUUUUUAUUUAUGAUACAGGCUUUCGGCUAAAGCAAUUACGCGUUGAGCGUUUGGUAGAGAGUUCAUACUGCGGAUUAUUCAUUGCUCUAUUAUGUGUUUUUUUCUUUCUCUUUUUCUUUUCUUCAUAAUGUUGGUAUAAAAGAUUUUGUGAGGAUAGUAUAUCAAGACUCAAGUGGAAACGAACACAGCAUGCACAAACUUGUCUUGUUCCAUUUCCUGGCUUUUUUAAGCAGCAAUGCUAUUGCUAGAUAGAAGUCAUUUUGGCAAUAGCUUGCGAUGUGGACGAUGAAAUAAUCUUGUAUCAUUUUUUUUUAUAUAGUUGGUAUUGUAUUGUUACUUUUUUUUUUGGUUACAAAGUUGGUAUUGUAUUGUUACUUUGAUUUGAUUCUUCUUCUUCGUUGUGAUCAUGUGUCAUCAUACAGUGUAAUUGGAUUUUUUUUGGCCUAUUGACUUUAUUAUUUGAUUGGUAAAAAAUUAUAAUGUCCCAAAAUGCUACAAGUCAAUUAUUAAUAUUAUGGGAGGGUGAUGGAAUUUUGUGAUUCCGUUUCGAU